ACUCCAAACGGGCCUUCCGAACGCCAAUCUACUCCGGUUUCAAGUGGGUAGAUUGCGUUCAGGAAUAUCAAGUAAUUGAGAUUAACUUUUUUUUUUUUUUUAAAGUUUCAUUCUCAGGGCCUAGCGCUGUCUCAGGGCCUAGCGCUGUCCCCUGACAUUAGAUGCGGUUUCCCCCUAACACCAGGAGUAGGAUAUCCACGCAUGACUGCUACGAUCGAAUGAUUCUUUGAAAAGGAUAUAUUAAGAACUUAACCACCGUCAUACCCCUUGCACUUCUAGCCUAAAGCCAGUUAAGUCCUGUCUUGCAAUUGGCCACCCGUCAUUGAUCCACUACAGCUGUCAGGUACGUACGGUCGCCGUCCUUGGGAAGGAACAAACUAAAUUCAAUACAUUCGGGUUGCAUUAGGAUAUUUUUUAUGUGUUCUAGAUUUGAUACCGUUUACCACCAAGGAUUGGGUUGUACAGAGAUGGAUCGGAGAAAAUAUGUAACAAAUGUUUUCUGUGUUCGCCAAAUCGGUGGUUUCGAAAUUCCGUGUCCACUUCAUUUACUUUAAUAUAUCCAAUUUGUAUAUGUGUUCUGUUUUGUGGACGGCGAAGCUCUAGCUACUCUGCCGCACACCAUAUAACUACAGAAAUUUAUCAACACCCCAUAUAACCGCAUAUAUUUAUCAACACACCAUACAAUAGCACACAUUCAUCAACACCCCAUAUAACCGCGUACAUUUAUCACAACACCAUAACCAUAUGACUGCAAAUGUUUAAAAUAAAUCUCGGAUGGCCAAAUAAUUAUUUUUUUUUAGCUGGCAUCCGUCCGUCACAAUGUGACGAUGGAGUGGGCCUCGUAGGACGAAAUCCACAUAGCCUGGGAUUAUUAUACUUUAAGGAUUAUAAGCUGGUUCCCAACAGCAAAUCGCCUCUCUCCACGCCCAAGGGAACAUCAUUGGAUGAUACAGCUUGGCACCAGUGACGUCGCAGGAGUUAUCCGCCUUUCGGGACUCCAUCUCCGGGUUUGAUUUCAGAGUUUCCUUCUCUUAGAUGAGUUGCCGUCCAAGGUUAACGAGUCCCAUCUACCCGGGGUGCUGGUGGUGUUUUUGCUCUAGCUGGAAUUGAACUCCAGACCACCAACUUGAGAUUUGCUCAGUUUAGACCACUCGGCCACCCAGCACCCUAGCCAAAUAAAUAAAGCAAGCCCUAAACAUGACCGGUUAGAUGCACCCCUUUACAAGUUUCGCAUCGGUAUUUAACCCACAUUUCAAAAUCUUGCGACACGCCUAUGAACCAUGAGCGACACACCAGUGUGUCGUGACACACUCACACCAGUGUGUCGUGACACACUGGUGGACAAAUCGCUGUCGCAGAACAUGAUUACAUUUUUUCCCGCCGUAUGCAUGCCAGAAUUCCUUGUUUCAAGUGUAGACCCUGUUGUUGGUCAUUGAUAAAUUGGUUAUGUGACGUCACAUAACGCUCCCACACACUACGCAAAGUUACCAAGAAAUCAGCCCCCCCCCUCCCUUUUUCCCGGACAUCAUUCCGGACAUUUUUUGAAUGUUAACGACAAUAACACCAAGAGCACAUUUAGAUAACUUCAUCUAGAAUGACACCUUUCUCAUACCACCAUGAGUUAUUGCACUGCCUUUGAGAUGCUUCCCAUGCUUUCCUUUCGGGAACGGGCGCGGGAAAAAGGGGGUCGCCGCCCCUGACAGCACAUAUGGUGGGGGUCACCACCCCUGACAGCACAUAUGGUGGGUCACCGCCCCGACUGCACAUAUGGGGGGUCGCCGCCGCUGACAGCACAUUUUACUUUCAUCUCUAUCACGGUACACCACGCUCGAACACUAUCACCUGUACUUGUACUUUACUUACAUCUCUAUUGCCGUACACCAUGCUCGUAUACUAUCAUCUGUACUUGUACUUUACUUACAUCUCAAUUGCCGUACACCACUCUCGUACACAUAUCACCUGUACUUGUACUUUACUUACAUCUCUAUCGCCGUACAUCACUCUCGUACACAUAUCACCUGUACUUAUACUUUACUUACAUCUCUAUUGCCGUACACCACUCUCGUGCACAUAUCACCUGUACUUGUACAUUACUUACAUCUCUAUUGCCGUACACCACUCUCGUACACAUAUCACCUGUACUUGUACUUUACUUACAUCUCUAUCGCCGUACAUCACUCUCGUACACAUAUCACCUGUACUUAUACUUUACUUACAUCUCUAUUGCCGUACACCACUCUCGUACACAUAUCACCUGUACUUGUGCAUUACUUACAUCUCUGUCACAGUAAACAAUUCCAGACUGAGUUCUUCGCAUUGACGGACUACGGUGAUAGCGUUUGUCAUUCAUGAUGUCAGAGUUGUCUUCUCCUAAUUCUAAUUGUUAUGGGAGGGUAAUAUAUGUAUGGAAGUCUGUACAAAGCUAUGGCAGACAAUUGGCGGAAUUAUGUGCAAAGCUAUGGCAGACAAUUGGCGGAAGUCUGUACAAAGAUAUGGCAGACAAUUGGCGGAAUUAUGUGCAAAGCUAUGGCAGACAAUUGGCGGAAGUCUGUACAAAGCUAUGGCAGACAAUUGGCGGAAGUCUGUACAAAGCUAUGGCAGACAAUUGGCGGAAGUCUGUACAAAGCUAUGGCAGACAAUUGGCGGAAUUCUGUGCAAAGCUUAGGCAGACAAAUGUCGGUCCUAUCAACAUAACCGUUUGGUGGAAAAAAAUGAGAAUUUUCAUUGAUGUGCUUCGCAGGUUUCUUGAACUUAUUUCCUUGCACCGUUCUGUCAUCAUCAUGAAUGCAUGGCCGCUGUCAAUGUUUGUUGUAUGUUUCACCUGUGAGCGUGUCCAGUGUUUUCCACGACUUUUUCAAUGUCACAGUUAUGUGUAAAUACGCGUGGGUGUUAGUUUGAUAUUAGGGCAAUCAUCUUUUAAGUCUCAUUAGAGUUAUGUUCAAUUUGCGUUUGUAAUGGCUAGGCUUCUGGCUAUUGUAGUUCAAGCGGCUAGUCCUCUGUUUAUUGUAGUUCUAGGGGCUAGUCUUUUGGCUAUUGUAGUUCUAGGGGCUAGUCUUCUGGCUAUUGUAGUUCGAGGGGCUAGCCUUCUGGCUAUUGUAGUUCGAGGGGCUAGCCUUCUGGCUAUUGUAGUUCUAGGGGCUAGCCUUCUGGCUACUGUAGUUCUAGGGGCUAGCCUUCUGGCUAUUGUAGUUCUAGGGGCUAGCCUUCUGGCUAUUGUAGUUCUAGGGGCUAGUCUUCUGGCUAUUGUAGUUCUAGGGGCUAGCCUUCUGGCUAUUGUAGUUCUAGGGGCUAGUCUUCUGGCUAUUGUAGUUCGAGGGGCUAGCCUUCUGGCUAUUGUAGUUCUAGGGGCUAGUCUUCUGGCUACUGUAGUUCUAGGGGCUAGCCUUCUGGCUAUUGUAGUUCUAGGGGCUAGCCUUCUGGCUAUUGUAGUUCUAGGGGCUAGCCUUCUGGCUAUUGUAGUUCUAGGGGCUAGCCUUCUGGCUAUUGUAGUUCUAAGGGCUAGUCUUCUGGCUAUUGUAGUUCUAGGGGCUAGUCCUCUGGUUGUUGUAGCUCUAGGAAUUAUGCUUCCCGUUAGAAUGAUUCAUGGAAGUGUCCAUUAGCUUUAAGUUUCUUGGCUUGACAGAAUGAAGAUAUCGCUGCCGUUAGGACUUGCGCGAUAUUCUCUCCAGCAAAGAUGUACGGGUCAUGUUCUCCAGUGACGUCACUGAGUCGAGCCAAGGCGGGUGGCUAGAGGUUUGUAUUGAGUAUGUUUUGUUUGUAUUGCAGCUGUGUGAGUCAUCAGCACUGUCUGGCCGAGAGUGUGCUGAUUUGAGUGCUGCUCCAGGGGGGUCCACACCGGCGUCGUCAACGAAACCUUUGGAGAGACCAUGGGGAAAUCUAGCGUGAAAAACAUGCUACAAGAGGUAGGUUCUAAAGGUUACAAGAGGUCGGUUCUAACUGUUAACAGAUACAAUAGUACGCCAACUAGUUGAAUGGCCAUUCACUUGUUGCAGUAAUGUAAGACCGGUGUGUAAACAAGUCUAGGGGUAUCCCUAUCCCAGAGGCGAGACUGACAGGGCCGGGCCGUUAAUGUCUGUUCAUAUACGUAGGUUAAGAUGCGAUACGACUCCCCGGGGGUAUUCUUUCCCCCUCCCACGCCCCCCCCCCGGCUUUAGGCACCAGUUACGCCAUUAGUAGGCUUACCCACACCCACAUAUGCCCACCCUUCUUUGGGGAUAGAUUGUUUUCGGUUUAUGUAUUAUAUAUACUUUUCAAUUCAGAGAAAUGUUAUUUCUUAGAUAUCAUUUAAAAUGAGGAGACGUGCAGCACACUAGAUGUUGUGCUUGGCUUGAUGAUACAAAAAACUCAACAUUUAACAUAUUACAAAGUUUCCAUCAUGGAUUUGACGGGCCGAUUUGUUUAACUUUAACGUUGGAAACGAAGUUCAUGUUUAUUAAAAGUUUUUUGUUUCCUGUACACAAAAAUAAUAAAUCUCACUAUACUAUUAAUACUGGAACAUUAACCGUGGCAAGGAUGAAAAAAAAAGACGGAAGGGGGGGGGGGGGGGAGAGAGAGAGAGAGGAUAAAGCAAAAUUCUAAACAUUGAAACAUUGUUUAAAUAAAAAAAUAAUUUAAGAGUUUUAAUGCAUGACUCGGCAUUUGUAAGUAAACCCUUAGAUCACGUUAGAGAUUGAAGUUGACGGCCAUGAUGGAUGUUGGUGCUUUUUGUUUUUAACUUCACCCAACAAGAGCACUACUUCCUGUGCUCCUUGGUUUCUUCGUUUAGUUACCGUACUACCAAAAGAAAGUUCAUAGAGUCUCCUUGUGUGUGCCCUAGUAAGAAAAUAUAGCACAAAGCUCUGGCUGUGUGAACAUUCUGAUGCUAAUUUCUUUGUCAAUGCUCAUUGACGUUUCGAUUUCGAGGCAUUUGAACUUUCUUUAAUGGGGAGAAUAAAUGAAAUCUUCACCCAAUCAUUCAAACAAUGUGCAACAUUUUUAAAAUCCAUUUUUUAUGAACUUCGCUCUUGUUUGUGCGUUUAUUUCUUCGUUUGUGUUGGUAAAAAAUGUUCGGAACGCUAAUUGACCCCAUUCCAGUCAUCAUAUCGAGCACAUAUAUUCGUUGCCAACACAGCUCAUUUUCAGCCCCACGUCUACCCCCAAAUAUCAGUUGUUGUUGUUUUGUUGUUGUUUUGUUGUUGUUGAUUUUUUUUUUUUAAAGUGAGGUGGGGUGUUCAUGGUAUUUAAACACAACACAAUAUUUAAGUUGUGGAAGUGAUUAAUAGUUGUAAAAACUAAUUUGUUUAAUUCGUGCGUAUUUUGGUGUGGAGAUUAAUUGUAUAGCUGUUGCUUAUGUCCUUUGCAUUUCUGAUGUAUUUGGUUGUGUGGGAGAUGACUGACUCAAAAAUGAUGUUCCUGGUUUUCUUUAAACACGACCAAUUCUUAUUUUAAAUAUAUCUUUAGUCUUUUGGGUUCUACAUGCACUGGGUUUGAUAAAAAAAAAUCUUAUACCAAAAAAAAAUCAGUUGUUACAAUAACAUAAUGAUAUAUCAUGUACAAUGACAUAGUUGAUAUAUCAUGUACAAUGACAUAAAUGAUAUAUCAUGUACAAUGACAUAAAUGAUAUAUCAUGUACAAUGACAUAAAUGAUAUAUCAUGUACAAUGACAUAAAGGAUAUAUCAUGUACAAUGACAUAAAGGAUAUAUCAUGUACAAUGACAUAAAUGGUAUAUCAUGAACAAAUGACAUAAAUAAUAUCUCAUGUACAAUGACAUAAAUGAUAUAUCAUGUACAAUGACAUAAAUGAUAUAUCAUGUACAAUGACAUAAAGGAUAUAUCAUGUACAAUGACAUAAAUGGUAUAUCAUGUACAAUGACAUAAAGGAUAUAUCAUGUACAAUGACAUAAAUGGUAUAUCAUGAACAAAUGACAUAAAUAAUAUCUCAUGUACAAUGACAUAAAUAAUAUCUCAUGUACAAUGACAUAAAUAAUAUCUCAUGUACAAAGACAUAAAUGAUAUAUCAUGCACAAUGACAUAAAGGAUAUAUCAUGCACAAUGACAUAAAGGAUAGAUCAUGCACAAUACCAUUAAGGAUAUAUCAUGCACAAUAACAUAAAGGAUAUAUCAUGCACAAUGACAUAAAGGAUAUAUCAUGCACAAUGACAUAAAGGAUAUAUCAUGAACAAAUGACAUAAAUGAUAUAUCAUGUACAAUGACAUAAAUGAUAUAUCAUGUACAAUAACAUAAAGGAUAUAUCAUGCACAAUGACAUAAAGGAUAUAUCAUGUACAAUGACAUAAAGGAUAUAUCAUGUACAAUGACAUAAAGUAUAAAGGAUAUAUCAUGUACAAUGACAUAAAGGAUAUAUCAUGUACAAUGACAUAAAGGAUAUAUCAUGUACAAUGACAUAAAGGAUAUAUCCUGUACAAUGACAUAAAGGAUAUGUCCUGUACAAUGACAUAAAGGAUAUGUCCUGUACAAAGCCAUAAAGGAUAUGUCCUGUACAAUGACAUAAGGGAUAUGUCCUGUACAAUGACAUAAGGGAUAUAUCAUGUACAAUGACAUAAGGGAUAUAUCAUGUACAAUGACAUAAGGGAUAUAUCAUGUACAAUGACAUAAGGGAUAUAUCAUGUACAAUGACAUAAGGGAUAUAUCAUGUACAAUGACAUAAGGGAUAUAUCAUGUACAAUGACAUAAAGGAUAUAUCAUGUACAAUAACAUAAAGGAUAUAUCAUGUACAAUAACAUAAAGGAUAUAUCAUGUACAAUAACAUAAAGGAUAUAUCAUGUACAAUGACAUAAAGGAUAUAUCAUGUACAAUGACAUAAAGGAUAUAUCAUGUACAAUGACAUAAAGGAUAUAUCAUGUACAAUAACAUAAAGGAUAUAUCAUGUACAAUAACAUAAAGGAUAUAUCAUGUACAAUAACAUAAAUGCAAACAAAAAUACAUAGAAGUGAUUUAUACCAACAACUUUGUGUCUAGGGGUUAUUUCCCUUUCGACUGUCUUUGGGCCACUAGGUUUAGUGCCACACUGGCUAGGGUCAGUGCCACACUGGGUGAGCUAAGAUUUUUGCUUUGUCAAUAGUUCUCUUUGGAAUGUCAAAUAAUGGGUCCAUGCUGGGCCAGUGCUAGGAGGGUGCGGGGCCUAGGCCAAAUGGAAUGUCAUGCGGGGGGGGGGGGCCUUUCCCGUGACAUAUCCUGGCCAAAUUUUUGCUUUGUCAAUAGUUCUCUUUGGAAUGUCAAAUAAUGGGUCCAUGCUGGGCCAGUGCUAGGAGGGUGCGGGGCCUAGGCCAAAUGGAAUGUCAUGCGGGGGGGGGGGGCCUUUCACGUGACAUAUCCUGGCCAAUGAGACAAGUGAGACAGAUGAGAUUUUACUGGUCUUAAUGAUGUGAGACAGAUGAGAUUUUACUGGUCCUAAUGAAAUGACGCUUUCAAGUCUUAUCGGGAUUUACUGUUCGUCAUGAUGUAACACACCAAAGUCUUAUUGGAUUUUACUAGUCAUAAUGGAACAUGGCAUACCGAGGGGUUUUUUGCCUCGCGACCCUCUAUUGCCGGGCCUGGUCCAUGUCAUUCAAGAUUAUCAGAUCCCCCUCAUUUCUUUCAUAUUUAAUAACAACACUUAUUUCUUCUGUAGAUUUUAACAGAACUCAGGCAGCCAACUCUGCUUCCCUUCUACAUGACGUCAUUGCUAUAUCUCUGGGUUUACUCCCCGCACAUAGAGCGGCCCCAAGAACUGUUGUCCGUCGCCAUUUUGAAAGCCCUUCCCAUAUGGACACUCGCCUUUAAAGUGUACCUCAGUUCAUCUGGAGGGAACAACUCGGGUAAGCCUAAUGCCCCCGGAGCUGACGUGGCCCUGACCUUGUUCCUCGGCGGCCUCCUCAUGUCCAGCGUUGGUGACGUCUGCCUAGUCUACACCAAGUUUUUCCCAGUGGGAGUCUUGGCCUUCGCCUUUGCCCAGUUCUGCUACCUGCUCAGCAUGAGGCAGCUUUUCAAGCGCGGCUCCUUCGCGUGGAUCGUGCUGCCGUUGGGCUUCACCAACUUGCUGUUGAUGGUCACAAGCAUCCACGACUACGUCCUGCUGACCGAGGUCGUGGUCUACCUCGCGCUCAUACACACGAUGCUGUUCAUGGCCAUAGCGAGCUUCGAGAGUAACCCGUCGGCCCCGACCGUGUGCAUCAUGGCGGGCGCCGCCAUAUUUACUGUGUCUGACUUCACGAUCGCAGUGAACAGCUGGGUGUGGAAGUUUGGCUGCGCAGAAGGCGUGAUUUUGUUCACUUAUUACAUUGCUCAGCUCUUACUGACCGUUGGUAUGACCAAAGCGAAAAUACCGUGGCGAUUGUAAGAGCUGUGUAACAUGAUAUAGCAGUGUGAGAACGGCAUGGCCAGUGAGAAGCUUGAUCAGUGUAAGAAUGGUUCGACUAUUAAUGUAAGAAUGGUAUGACCAAAGUAAGAAUGGUUUGACCAAUGUAAGAAUGGUUUGACAAUAAAUGUAAGAAUGUUUGACCAAUGUAAGAAUGGUUUCACCAAUGUAAGAAUGGUUUGACCAAUGUAAGAAUGGUUUGACCAAUGUAAGAAUGGUUUGACCAAUGUAAGAAUGGUUUGACCAAUGUAAGAAUAGUUUGAUCAAUGUAAGAAUGGUUUGACCAAUGUAAGAAUAGUUUGACCAAUGUAAGAAUGGUUUGGCCAAUGUAAGAAUGGUUUGACCAAUGUAAGAAUGGUUUGACCAAUGUAAGAAUGGUUUGACCAAUGUAAGAAUAGUUUGACAAUUAAUGUAAGAAUAGUUUGACAAUGUAAGAAUGGUUUGACCAAUGUAAGAAUGGUUUGACCAAUGUAAGAAUGGUUUUACCAAUGUAAGAAUGGUUUGACAAUUAAUGUAAGAACGGCUUGACCACUUUAAGAUUUGUUGAUGACUACACAUUUCUUUAUGAUGUAUUAUAUGUUGGAUUUCAGGUGCCCAGCAUGUUGAACAUGUCUUGUUCUAUAUUUUUUUUGGGUCAUUAAAUUGUCAAUCUGAGAGAGGUGUGUGUGCCAACAUUCGCUCCCAUCUACUUCAUCUCUUAUUUUUGGUCAAAUCAGGUUGCCUUUUAUAGUUUCAAAAUGUAGUUUAACUCCUGGGUGUAUUCCAAAUACUUAGCUACCUCACAAUGUGACCACUAACAAUAACAAAGGUCUAUAGUGUAUGAAUUGUACAAGUAUUUGUAGGAUUAAGUUGAGAGGUGUUUUGUGUAAUGCCCUUAUGUAAUGCCAUGGGAUGCUUAUGUAAUGCCCAAGUGCCCUUAUGUAAUGCCAUGGUGCCCUUAUGUAAUGCCAUGGGAUGCUUAUGUAAUGCCUAGUGUCCUUAUGUAACACCAUGGUGUCCUAAUGCAAUGGUGUCCUAAUGCAAUGGUGUCCUUAUGUAAUGUCAUGGUGCCCUUAUGUAAUGCCAUGGUCUCCUUAUGUAUGACACUGCUGCUCUUGUGUAAUAACUAUUGCCCCAAUGUAAUGAAAGCUGCCCUUGUGUAAUGAUAUUGACUGUUGCCCUUUCAAUAGUGGUGCGUCUCAAGAUGAGCAACGAAUAAAUACUUUGAUAUAUCAAAUCUUUUCUAACACAAGCUUUUUCAACAUGAAAUUGGAAUACGGCAAUGAAUAAUAGUCACUAGCAGUUGUAAACCAUUACUAACAUAACAUUAAAAAUACACAAAUUAAAGC